AUGUUCUCCUCCAAACGGCCAAAGUUCUCCUUCAACCUCACAAUCCAUGAAUUGUCCAACAUCCCCCAGACUAGUGGGUAUUGCUACAUCGAGCUCCAGAUCAGAGACGGCAAGAGCUUGCGUCCCUCGUUGACCAAGCUCAUCCAUGGCCAUCGCCCCAACACAGAUGACUCUCCCAAAUCCAAAUCUGGCGAUAGUGAUACCAGUUCCCAGUCCUCGCUCGUGGAGGGCAGCGAUGGCACCUCCAGCUCGGGAUCCUCGGGAAACGUCUCCACCACCACUUCCAGCAAGAAGAUCCACAACUUCAGGUGUCCCUUCAACUACAACUUGAGCUGCAACUUGCGCUUUCCUUUCAAGCGCAGAGACAACCUCAUCGGAAACAAGUACUUGUUGAUUAGAGUGUACUAUGUCAGUGACAUACCUGGACACCACCGCGGAUCCCCUUCCAAGAUCGAGACAACCGAACUUGGGCGGUUGGAAAUCAACUUAACAGAAUACUUGAACUUCAAGGAGCCAUUGACCUCGAAAUACUUACUCAAAAAUGCUAAAGUCAACUCCAUAUUGAAUAUGACGAUUGACUUGAAGGAAUUGCCUUCUAACUACGACUUCCACACCCAGCUUCAGAUCAACGAUGCCGUCACCCACACCCCCAAUAGCACAGUCAAUAAAUCUGGCACAAAAGAGCUAAAGAGGAGUGAUACUUCAGGUUCUGGGAAGUUCAAUGUCCCCCAGUUUGAUCGUAAGAACGUAUUGCGUGGAUUAUCCAAUGUCUUGCCUGACAAUGGGACUUCUGCGUCUGCUAGUUCACUCUCCGAGGACUCCGGAUACGAAGAGGAUGAAACCUCAAAAAACGAAUCAAACAACGCCAAGCACACCCGUACAGUUUCGAAAUCGUCCUCGAACGGUGCUUUGAACAAGUCCAAGAACCAUAAACAUGAAUCCAAAGCAAAUGACAAUGAUAAAGGACCGUUAAUCAUGGACCCAAUUGUUACUAAACUUUACAGCAAGAUAUUGGAGAGUACCUGGGAUCCAGAGUUGUCAGUCUUGUUGGACUACACACCAGAAAAAUGUAUCGAUGACAUUUUUGAGAACCCGGAGAAUCCAGUUGGUUGGAAUAAGAAGUUGAAUGAAUCAUAUGAGGAAUGGGCCAAAGAGUUCGACGACGAAGAUGAAAAUGUCCGUCAAAUCAACGGUUUACUCAAUGAGAUGGUUUACAGGGAAGAUUUAAGAAGUUGGAAUAUUAGUGUGAGUUGAGUAACCAAACUCCGAUAACUCAUUUUUGAGUGGUAGGAAUUGGUUUGGGGUUCACAAAUGUUGUUCUUCACCUGAUUCCUAGUGUACUAUGAUGUAAUAUAUGAUGGAAUAGACAUAGAGAUUACCAGGAUUAUUAUAUUAUUUGUGUUAUACGAAUGGGUCAUUUUACGAAAUCGAACUUGUGUAAUAGAUUUUGAAUGGAGUAUUAAUUUAUUGUAGCAUAGAAAUAUACGUAGCAG